CGCAAGUGCCACCCGGCUCGGUCCCAUCUGUACAUCAGCUAUUAAUAAUAAAGAAGCUAACGGUGGGCAGGAAACCGGCGGCAGGUGAAAAUGGAGGAACCUUUGGAGCAAAUGAGGCCCCUUUUGAGGACAGGUCUAGAUGAGGAGGCAAUAGUUGACCAUGGGAAGACCAGUUUCACCACUCACACAAACUAUGAAUCGGAAGAUUUGGAAAGCCACAGAGCAGUGUACGUAGGUGUCCACGUUCCUCUUGGAAGGGAGAGCAAACGGAGGCAUCGCCACCGAGGACACAAACACCACCGAAAGAAGAAAGAGAGAGACUCUGAGGAGGGGAAAGAUGAUGGCAGGGAAUCCCCUGCUUAUGACACACCAUCCCAGCGGGUCCAGUUCAUCCUGGGUACAGAGGACGAUGACCUUGAGCACGUCCCCCAUGACCUCUUCACUGAGCUGGACGAGCUCUCCUUCAGAGAUGGCAGUGCCACUGAAUGGAGGGAGACUGCCAGAUGGCUGAAGUUUGAAGAGGAUGUUGAAGAUGGUGGGGAGAGGUGGAGUAAGCCCUAUGUGGCAACGUUGUCACUACACAGCUUAUUUGAACUACGUAGCUGCAUACUCAACGGCACAGUCAUGCUGGAUAUGAGGGCCAACAGUAUUGAGGAAAUUGCAGACAUGCUGAUAGACAGCAUGGUGGCAUCAGGCCAGCUGAAGGAGGAUCUGCGCGACAAGGUGCGGGAAGCCAUGCUGAAGAAACACCACCACCAGAACGAGAGAAAGCUCAGCAAUCGCAUUCCUUUGGUGCGCUCCAUUGCUGACAUAGGCAAGAAACACUCUGACCCACUCUUGCUUGAAAGAAACGGAGAGGGCCUGUCCUCUUCACGUCUCUCUCUCCACAAGCCAGGGGCAGCCUCCUCUGUCUCCAACCUCUCCCAGAGACGAGAGUCCAGAGUCUCAGUUCUGCUCAACCAUCUCCUGCCCUCUUCUUCCUCCAACACUGGGCCCGGCCCAGGCACCCCGUUCCUCACCACCCCUCAAAAUACCCCCUCUGCCUUCCGGCGCUCCUCCCAAAGCCCGCCACACACCUAUGGCGCAGGCCCUGGCCCUCAAGGCAUCCCUGAAGUAGUGGUAUCGCCUCCUGAGGAUGACGACCCACCACACUCUGCAGAAGAAGAGUCAGCAUCACCAGUGCUCAGCCGGCGAGCAUCCUCGGCAUCCCAGGGCUUCGAGCUGCUGCCCUUAGAAGGACCACUGGUGUCUCCGCACUCUCUCCCAAACAACCUGGAUGGCAACAAGGCAGCGGAGAGAAGACCAUCCAAAGUAGGGGUCAGUAGAGAAAGCAGCAAUGUCGACUUCAGCAAGGUCGACAUGAAUUUCAUGAAAAAGAUUCCUCCGGGUGCUGAAGCUUCCAAUGUAUUGGUGGGAGAAGUGGACUUCCUGGAGAAGCCCAUAAUAGCCUUUGUACGGCUGUCACCUGCGGUCCUUAUCACAGGCCUCACAGAGGUGCCUGUGCCCACGAGGUUUCUUUUCCUGCUUCUGGGUCCUCAUGGCAAAGGACCCCAGUACCAUGAGAUUGGCAGAUCCAUGGCCACACUAAUGACAGAUGAGAUUUUCCAUGAUGUGGCAUACAAAGCCAAAGACCGGACAGAUCUCCUUUCGGGGAUAGAUGAGUUCCUCGAUCAAGUGACUGUCCUGCCUCCUGGAGAAUGGGACCCCACGAUCCGGAUUGAGCCCCCCAAGAAUGUUCCAUCUCAGAUGAAAAGGAAGAGACCGACCCAACCCAAUGGCACUGCGUCUCCAGCUGGAGAGCUGGAAAACGAUGAGGACCAUCAUGCAGGGCCUGAGCUGCAGAGGACUGGGAAGAUAUUCGGAGGUCUGAUCCUGGACCUCAAGCGGAAGUUACCUUUCUACUGGAGCGACAUCAGAGACUCCUUCAGUCUGCAGUGUCUAGCCUCCAUCCUGUUCCUCUACUGCGCAUGCAUGUCUCCUGUCAUCACAUUUGGAGGUCUGCUUGGGGAGGCAACUAAAGGCAACAUAAGUGCCAUAGAGUCUCUGUUUGGGGCAUCACUGACAGGAGUGGCAUACUCCCUCUUUGCAGGCCAGCCACUAACUAUUCUUGGCAGCACAGGCCCUGUUCUAGUGUUUGAGAAGAUCCUCUUCAAGUUCUGCAAUGACUACGGCCUGUCCUACCUGUCACUGCGGACCACCAUUGGUUUAUGGACGGCCUUCCUGUGUCUGGUUCUGGUAGCCACGGAUGCUAGCUCCCUGGUCUGCUACAUCACCCGAUUCACAGAGGAGGCUUUUGCCGCACUCAUCUGCAUCAUCUUCAUCUAUGAGGCUCUAGAGAAACUCUUUCACUUGGGAGAACACUACCCUGUCAACAUGCACAAUGACUUGGACGACCUUACCCUGUAUUCGUGUCAGUGCUCUCCACCAGUCAAUGCCUCAGAGAAAGUGAUGCAGGUGUGGAACCGGACAGGAUACAGCCCAGACUCUAUCCCAUGGGAAAGCCUGAAUGUUUCGAUGUGUAAGACACUCCAUGGGUCGUUUGUGGGUCCUGCUUGUGGGCAUCAUGGGCCCUACAUCCCAGAUGUUCUCUUCUGGUCCGUCAUCCUCUUCUUCACCACCUUCUUCCUAUCCUCCUUCCUUAAACAGUUCAAGACAGAGCGAUAUUUUCCCACCAGGGUGCGAUCCACUAUCAGCGACUUUGCUGUGUUUAUAACCAUCAUGAUCAUGGUGUUGGUGGACUAUCUAAUGGGGAUCCCUUCUCCUAAACUUAAGGUCCCUGAUCGCUUUGAGCCAACUUCAAAGCACAGAGGCUGGCUGAUGGACCCGGUGGGAGGAAAUCCCUGGUGGACGCUGCUGGUGGCAGCACUUCCUGCCCUGCUCUGCACCAUCCUCAUCUUUAUGGACCAGCAGAUCACUGCAGUCAUCAUUAACCGCAAGGAGCACAAGCUCAAGAAAGGCUGUGGCUAUCACCUGGAUUUGCUGGUAGUGGCAGUUAUGCUGGGCCUGUGCUCCAUUAUGGGCCUGCCGUGGUUCGUAGCUGCAACCGUCCUCUCCAUCUCCCACGUUAACAGCCUGAAGGUGGAGUCUGGCUGCUCCGCUCCGGGAGAGCAGCCCAAGUUUCUGGGCAUCCGGGAGCAGCGCGUCACUGGAUUCAUGAUCUUUGUCCUCAUGGGUUGUUCCGUUUUCAUGACCUCAGUGCUCAAGUUUAUUCCUAUGCCAGUCCUGUAUGGAGUCUUUCUCUACAUGGGUGUCUCUUCCCUCAAAGGCAUUCAAUUCUUUGACAGAAUCAAGCUGUUCGGCAUGCCUGCCAAACACCAGCCUGAUCUGAUCUAUCUGCGCUACGUGCCGCUGUGGAAGGUCCAUAUCUUCACCAUAGUGCAGCUUACCUGUUUGGUGUUGCUCUGGGUCAUCAAGGCCUCUGCAGCAGCUGUUGUGUUUCCCAUGAUGGUUCUGGCACUGGUCUUUGUGCGAAAGCUUCUAGACUUGAUCUUCACAAAGAGAGAGCUGAGCUGGCUGGAUGACUUGAUGCCAGAAAGCAAGAAGAAGAAAGAGGACGACAAGAAAAAGAAAGCACAAGAAAAGCUGGAAGAAGAGUCUAGACUGCAGGAGGAAGAGGAGAGGGGACUGAAGGUCAGCUAUGAAGCCUCGAACCGGCUCAACAUCCCAGUGAAAACACUCUCAGGGAGUUCUCAUUCUGACCCCUUGAUUGUAAAUAUCUCUGAUGAAAUGGCCAAAACCGCAGCGUGGAAAGCAGUGAACUCGAGUGCAGAGUCUUGUGUCCAACCUGUGAAGCGUAGUGGAAGCCAGGAAAAGGUGGCCUGCGUUAGAGUCGACGUCAGCCCAGAUUCACCAGGAGGCGGUUCUACUACCGAGACCUUCCUGUGAUAAAUGGGGGCCCUCCUUCCCUCUCGAUACCUUCUCCCACACAACACUUUACCCCGCUGACGAGCACCAUCUUAGUGGCAAAGGGGGCGUAGAACUGGAGCAGGACAACCUGCCUGCGGGGUUCCUUUUGUCGGGGCAGCAGGCAAGCUCCCCCGGGGCUGUGAGUCCUACUCCACUCAAGUCUUGAAGUGUGCAGCACAUGCACAGGUGGCUGCCAUGACGCAGUGCAGAGUGCACAUCUCCAAGCAACGAAGGCUGUUACUGCCCACCGACGCUCACUGUUUUGGAACUUUCUCAACCUUGCAAUUUGUCACACAUCAGAACCACAGAUGCCAAAGGAAGGGGCCUCACUGGUGAGGAUCUUGGACUGUGUGAAUUAAAAUUUACUUUUAGCCCACUGAACAUUUUAAUUUCAAUUUUAUUGUUAAUGUUUAAGCUGGUCACAGUACUGUACAUUUUCUUAGUAGCUCAUACACCAUGAGUUGCGCUGCACUGUUUUUUCACAUGUAUUUAAAGUCAUAUUAAGACUCUUCACCUAACUACACCAGCUUCAAACUCAUUUGAUUAAAGCCAUUCAGGUACUGUCAGCGCCAGCCGAUUAUAUUUCAUAAUUAGCCUGGCACAGCAAAUGACACAAACCAAAACAGAGGUACAUUCAGAUCGAAACUACGACAUCACACUACUAUUAUACUACAUACAUCUGUGUAGAAUUUGAUGAUGGUUCAUCUCUCCUGUCUGCAGGGGAACACUCAGUAUUGAUAUUGCUGCUCAUAAGUUGGUCAGUUUUCACUGUAAACCUCACUGUUCAUAUUGUAUGUGUUCUUAUAGAAACAUUGUUAAUGUAUGUAUGUAUGUAUGUAUGUAUACUGUGUUCUUUUCAUUUGUAACAUUACCUACUUCAGAGGCCAUAUGAAGUCUGUACUGUACAGUAAGCACUUUGCCAGUAUAGUUUCUUACCUAAAAUGGAUUUUAGUGUGUUCAUAAAAAGGUUACUCCUCCUCCCACUGUAUCUAUAGAGCUUAGAGUUGGGUCAGUGUCUGGUUUUGUCGGUCUGGUCUGGUGUACAAGCUUAAACCAGUUUGAUUUUAUGCAAACCGGCUGAAUCGGCAUUUUCAUUAUGACACGUUCUGGUAAAUUAAAAGUAGCCUGCAUCGGCAGUCUGUGCUGAUAGCGUCAGGGCGCUAAACACAACUUGUAUUGCAUUAGUAAUAAGCAAUAUGACAGCGUGAUUAAUAUAAUAUUUUGUUAAUAAACAGACCAACAGAGCCACUGGUGUCUGACAGUGCUCUGACAGUGAUGUUUUAAGAGGUUUGGUUCAGUCCGAUCUGGAGCAAACAGCUGAUUGGACGUGGAUUGUUUACAUGAUGUGACAGAAAUGCAUAUUUAAUGGAUUCAAUGCAUAAUGCUCUGUCAAGUGCGACACCAUGUAAAAUUCAUUACACCAGUCCAGACUGGUGUUCAGCUUAAUAACAAACUGGUUUGAAAUCUUUACACCGACCCAACUCUAAUAGAGCUGUUGUUCAAAUGUCAGUUAAACAACUCAGGAAUCUUUAAUGAUUUCUGACUUGGUCACUUGAUUUUUUUUUUUUUUUUUGUCAAAAGGCAGUGAUAAUUAGUUGACUGUAUUUACUAUCAUCGCUGAUAUCACAACUAUUUUAAUAAAUGCUGUAAAUCAUAAAAUAUAGUAGGGUGCAAAAUAAAAGAAAGAAUAUUCCUGACCCCAGUUAGAUGCACCGGUUUUUAUACUGUCUGUAUUAUUGAUGGUAAUUUUGUGUGUGUGUGUGUGUGUGUGUGUGUGUGUGUGUGUGUGUAUGCGUGCGUGCGUGCGCGCGUGUGUGUGUGCGCAUGUGUGGUGUAAAGAUAAUUUGGUAUGUUUAGCGUUGAAAAUCAUUUUAUGCAAAAUAUUUCUACAGUAAAUGUAAAAACUAUAAUAUUCUAUGAAGUUGUUCUUAUUUUGCUAAGUGCGGUCCUGUUUUAGCAAUAAGUAUCCCAUACUGUGCAACGUAUGGACUCAUGAACCUGACUCAUAUUCAGGCAAAGAAUAAUUUGUGAAAUGAUUUUUGUGUCUAUUUCAUUGGCUCUGUCUGUGUGUAGCUACAGUGACUCUACGGACAAUAGCUUACGUGCCUUGUCGAAGCUCUUUAUGUGCAAGUCUUGUACUGAUAAUUUUAAGUGUUCAGAACAGAUGUACAGGUACACAUAUAAUGGCACACAUGCCAAAGACAGACCUUCAUCACUUUACAAGAGUGAACCAGUACACGGCUCAUCACAGAGGCUAAUGUGUGUUGUAGUGUUAUUCCAUGUCUGUGUGAAAGUCGUAGCGUGAGCUACCAACUCAAACGAUGUAAUUUUAGCCUCCAUUUACAAAUGUUACUCUUAAAACUGUUUGUGUGUGUACUGUUGUCACAACUCUAGUAUUUGCUCACAUUUAAAAGUUGUUGAUAUUGAGGUACUAUUUUUUGUUUUUUAAAUGAUCAGUGAAUGUCAAUUUAUUGUACCGUCAACAUCAAAACUGAAGUUGAUGACACAUUUUUUCUAAAAACCUUAAAUUUGAUUUCAGUCACACGUACUUCACGAUGACUUCCAUACACAUAUGGACCAUUUGAUAUAAAAAGUAAAAUGUGAGCUUGGUUAUUUUGAUGAAAAAAUAGACUACUGUCACGUGACAUCAGUUUCAACAUACAUAUGUCAGCUUCAAGAGGUGGAUCAACUAUGUCAACAACAAAAAGGUGGAGAUUUUACACUCUGUCGUCACUUAGUAAAAAUGUAUUUGUUCUGAUGUACAGACGCAUGACAUCAGCGAAGCACAUAGCGACCUGUUGUUAGCCGGAAUGAUGACUUUCCUGUCAUGAGUGAUCGGUGCAAAGCAAUAAAAGUGAAUAC